AUGAACGGAGCCGUAGAAGCAGCCAACAAAAUUAUCAAGAGUAUAACGAGGAAAAUGGUUGAUAAUCACAAAGGUUGGCACGAGCAGUUUCCUUAUGCUCUAUUGGUAUACCAUACUACGACCCGAACUUCGACAGGAGCAACUCCCUAUCUGCUGGUCUGUGGAACUGAAGUAGUCAUACCUGCUGAAGUUGAGAUACCUUCCCUAAGAAUCAUUCAAGAAGAAGGAUCAGACCAUGCUGAAUGGGUCCGAGCUCGAUAUGAGAAAUUAGCUCUAAUUGACGAGGAAAGGAUGGUUAUUGUAUGUCAUGAUCAACUGUACCGACAAAGGAUGGAAAGAGCCUUCAACGAGCGAGUCAGAACUAGACUUUUUCCAACUGGGCAAAUGGUGCUCAAAAGAAUUUUUCCACAUCAAGAUGAAUACAAAGGGAGGUUUGCUCCCAACUGGCAAGGUCCUUAUGUGGUUCGCAAAGUACUUUCCGGAGGAGCAGUAGUGUUGGUAGAAAUGGAUGGACAAGAGUGA